UUAAUGGUUUUAACGUUUUACAUGUAUUUUUUAAACUCAGUUAAAAAAUUUCGCGAUGGAAACACUAAAACGAAGCUCAAAGGUAUGGUUACGAGAGCUUCGUUCAAACCUAAACAUUUUCUGGGGAACAAUCGAAUCAGAGAUAUCCAAAAACGGCGCCGCUUCAUAUGUCUUUCCACUUCAACGUUGCAUCUUCGGUUUCCUCUGCGCCUCCCUCGCCGGCGUCGACGUUUCCGUUUCGCCGGACAUAGCUGAGAGCGGUUGGAAAACACUCAACACUUGGCUUGCGUUGCAAGUCAUCCCCACUACUAAACUCGGCGUUCUUCCUCAGCCGCUCGAGGAGAUUCUUCUCCAUACUUGGGCUUACCCUUCUCAAAUAGUCGCCGGAAACUACAAGAAACUCUAUGAUUUCAUCGACGAGAACGCCGGAGAUUGUAUCCGGUGCGGUCAAGAAGACUUCGGGUUGACCCGAGAGGAGGCUAUUCAUAAUCUUUUAUUCGUGAUGGGGUUUAACGCUUACGGGGGCUUUUCUGUCUUUUUACCUUCUUUGAUCGGGAGGAUCACCGGCGACUCCGGUUUACAGGAGAGGAUUAGAUCCGAAGUCAGGAGAGUUUGCGGAUCCGGGUCGGAUCUUGAUUACAAGACGGUUAACGAAAUGGAGCUGGUUAAAUCCGUGGUCUACGAGACGCUGCGUUUUAGUCCUCCGGUUCCGUUGCAGUUCGCACGUGCGAGGAAAGAUUUUCAGAUAAGCUCACACGAUUCGGUUUUUGAGGUUAAGAAAGGUGAGCUUCUCUGUGGCUAUCAGCCAAUGGUGAUGAGAGACGGUAAUGUUUUUGACGAACCGGAUGAAUUUAAACCGGACCGGUAUAUUGGUCAGACCGGGUCUGAGUUGCUUGAUUAUCUUUACUGGUCUAACGGUCCACAAACCGGUACGCCUAGCGCCGCGAAUAAACAGUGUGCAGCUAAGGACAUGGUCACUCUCACGGCCAGCUUGAUCGUUGCCGAUUUAUUUCUCCGGUACGAUUCGAUUACCGGUGAUUCCGGUUCAAUUAAAUCUGUUGUGAAAGCUACGUAAGUGGAGAUUCAUUUGUGGCUGUUAUGUCAAUUAAUCUUCAAAUGUUUUAUUUUUUUGGAGUGUAGACAUCAAAAUAAUCCUUGGAGUGUAGACAUCAAAAUAAUCCGAACAUAUUUUAUUUUUACAAAUUUAUUUAUUGAUGUAUCAUUCCAUUUUUAUAAAUGUUUUGUGAUUUUGUAGACU